GCAUACAGAUUGAGCUGUAACAAUGGCGGUUCUUCAACUUCAUUCUUUCCGAUUCCGAAACACCUCGACGAAUUUCACUCGUGUAGCUGCUACCAGAGCGGCAUCAUCAUCUGGAUCUUUACAUCAAUCUGUUUUGACGCCCAAAUCAAACGAUUUUAGUCGAUUAGUUUCUAAAUUUAAAUCCAAUUCUCUCAGUUUUGCACUCUCCGGAACCCUAGCUCUCUCAGUAGCUCUUUCAGGAGUUGGAUUUGCUGAGGCAAAAGUUGGGGUUAACAAACCAGAGUUACUUCCCAAAGAAUUCACCACAGUUAUUGACGUUGCUGGUUUCCUCUCAGACGGUCAGGAGAAAAGACUUGCAAAGGAGAUUGAUUCUAUCGAAAAAGAUACGGGAUUCAAGCUUCGAGUUCUAGCUCAGAACUAUCCUGACACACCUGGGUUAGCAAUUAAAGAUUUCUGGCAAGUGGAUGAUAGAACCAUUGUUUUUGUCGCUGAUCCUACCUUUGGAAAUAUAUUAAAUUUUAACGUGGGGGAGACGGUGGAUUUGGAUAUACCGCGUAGCUUUUGGAGUCGUUUGGCAGGGAAAUACGGAAACAUGUUUUACUGGAAAGAGAAGGGUGAGGAUGCAUCUGUUGAAGCUGCAGUAAUGGCGAUAUCUAGUUGCUUGAGAGAACCUGUGGGAGCAAAUAAUUGUGCAGAGGUAAAAUAAAUGGUUAUGGAAGGUAUAGAGAUCUUUGAAUGUUAUGUAAUUAGACAAACAAUAUCACACAUAUUGGAUCUGUAAAUUGAAUAUUGACUAUAAAAGUCAAAAUGCAUGAUUGAUUAUAGAGCU